GUGAUCGGAACGUGAAAAUCGCUGGAAAUUGUGAGCCAACAACAAAGUCGCCUGCGAUUAAAGUGGUGCAUGGAAUUCCGUUCUCCAAAAAGACUAGCCAGCUAAGCUGCCCCUUUUUUGUGUGUCCUCCUCGAGACCUGUGAUCGGCCAGAAAGAUGACGAAAAAGGAAGCGGUGUUGCGAGGGAAAACGCCGGUGACGAUGUUGCAGGAAAUUUGUAUGGGAAAACGGCUCCCUACGCCGACGUAUCAGUACUUGGGUGAGUCAUCGUCUCCGGCCGGUCCGCACGUGAAAACCUUCCAGCACAAGGUCCUGGCGAUGGGCCAAGAAGCGCUGGGGUUGGGUCGGUCCAAGCAGGACUCGAAACAUGAAGCGGCCUGGCAGAUGAUACGCGUACUACUGGACCUCCCUCCCGACGAGGACGAGCGGGAGGGGGUGGUCAGUUCCGGUGGCACGGCUGAAGAUGCACCGCUGGAUGUGGGGGUGGACAAAGUGAGCCAGGUGCGGGACAUCUGCGUGCAGCGCAACUUUCCCCUGCCCGAGUUCGAACUGGUACGCAGCUACGGUCCAUCGCAUGCUCCGGUGUUUGAGUAUGAAUGUCGCAUCCGGGACAUUGUGCGCCGUGGCUCACACUCGACCAAGAAGGGCGCGAAGCAGAUCGCUUGCCAGGAGAUGGUCAAAACACUCCAGGCCAUGCCGGUAGAGGAAACCAGUUUGCAGCUGGUUGCGGUCGAUACGGCCAUCGAGCAGGAUGAAAAUGAUAUGGAAAAGGUAAUACAGACGUACCGGGAGUACAGCCAGUCGGACAACAAGAAACGGUUGGGUGUAUCAAUCGCCGAACGGUACAAGUUCUUCCAGGAGCUUCCGGAAUCACGCAUCGCCGAAGCUCUCUCGGUGAUGGCCGACGAAAGCGAGACGGUGCGCGAAAAGUGCUACCGCAUUCCGCAGGCACUGGGCUUGAAAUACACGAUCAACCAGCACGAUACCAACGUGCCAACGACCGCCGGUGGUUAUAUGGGCACGUUCGAGCUGAACAACUCAGAGUACGAUUCCUACAUCGUCGGUCAGGGAGACGAGUUGUUUGAGAAUGUUUACCGUUACUUCUGCAAUAUGUUAAAUUAUACACAGCCACGUAAUGUGGAAGAAGAUAUCGCCUAUGAAACUGAACUCAUUACCCUGAUGUGGGAUAAAUUCUGUGAGUGCCCUGAUCCGGUCAAACCGUGUGACGAUGGGCCUACUCCUAGUAAGAGUUUACGCAAGUGUUGAGCAGCCCAGCAGCCACUUGCUUUAGUUGUAAAAACGUUAGUAAUAUUUUAAACAUUACUUUGUGAUUUAAAAUCACUAUUUAUGCUAGAGCAUCAAUGCUAGAGUUUGUACACCAUUGGUAAUAGGUUCAUUGCUCGAACCGAAUGCAAUUUUAUCAUGAUCUGACAUUCUCCUCGUUAUAUGAAACAAUACAAUUUACUCCUGUGGUUUUGGGGGAGAUUUUUAA